GGAUGCAGUGCGUAAAUCGGCCAUAGGCCGACGAGGGUUCAGUUGAGCUUUUUUCUGUGCCAUUAAGAGGUUAAAAUUGUGUUGUCUGAAGAGGUCUUGUCCGCCCUGUCGCUAGGGUUUCUAAGUAAGAUGCAGUUACGGGAAAUAGCGUUUCAUUUUUUUGUUUUAGGAUAUAGGUAGACUAUUUAGCAAGCUCCAUCCAUGAGUUCAUUUUAUCCUUUCCAUUUCUUUUUCCUAGCCACGGGAUUGACCUAUAGUAGGCCCUCAGUGAUGGUUUAUUGAUUGAGUGAAAUAUGGAAGGGCCUCAGUUGCUAUCAUCACCGUGUAUGGCUUUUCAUGUUUUCAUGUAAAUGUUUUUUAAGAUGGGAAUAAUGAUGGUCCUGUGUGAACAUUCUGUGAAAUACGCAGGUAUCCAAUCUGUUGGUCUCUUAAGUCCUGAGACAUGGGUUAAAAAAUAAAAACGUAUAUUCUUGAAAUUUUUCAUUUUUAAGUCAUAUAUUUUAAGUCUCUAUAGAGAGCGGGGAAAGUUAGGAGGAUACGGAAUUUGCUGUUAGCUUUAACCACAGGGAGAAGGAUAUGACGUCUUUGUUGUUCAGUUUUGUGGAGUACUGCUUUGUGGGAGAGGAAAAAUGAAUGGGAGGGCUGAUUUUCGAGAGCCGAAUGCAGAAGUUCCAAGACCAAUUCCCCACAUAGGGGCUGAUUACAUUCCAACAGAAGAAGAAAGAAGAGUCUUUGCAGAGUGCAAUGAUGAAAGCUUCUGGUUCAGAUCUGUUCCUUUGGCUGCAACAAGUAUGUUGAUUACUCAAGGAUUAAUUAGUAAAGGAAUCCUUUCAAGUCAUCCCAAAUAUGGUUCCAUCCCUAAACUUAUAUUUGCUUGUAUCAUGGGAUACUUUGCUGGAAAGCUUUCUUACGUGAAAACUUGCCAAGAGAAAUUCAGAAAUCUUGAGAAUUCCCCUCUGGGAGAAGCUUUACGCUCAGGACAGGCACGGCGAUCUUCACCAUCUGGGCACUAUUCUCAGAAGUCAAAAUAUGACUCAAAUUUGGGUGGUCAUUCAUCUUUUGUGACGUCUCCAGCCGCAGACAACAUAGAAAAAGAGAUGCUUCCUCAUUAUGAGCCAAUUCCAUUUAGUGCUUCUAUGAAUGAAUCUACUCCCACUGGUAUUACUGAUCAUAUUGCCCAAGGACCUGAUCCCAACCCUGAAGAAAGUCCUAAGAGAAAAAAUAUUACGUAUGAGGAAUUAAGGAAUAAGAACAGAGAGUCAUAUGAAGUAACUUUAACACAUAAGACUGACCCCUCAGUCAGGCCUAUGCAGGAAAGAAUGCCCAAAAAAGAAGUCAAAGUAAACAAAUAUGGAGAUACUUGGGAUGAGUGAAAAAUUGCAUCAUUGGACCUACUGAAGGCAUUUCAAUAUCCAGCUUCAUCUAGGUGGUCAUGAAUAUCUGCAUGCUUUGAGCUCAGCAGCAGUCUUCAUAAACACAUUUAAAAUUAGAACCUGGGUUCUUGUGGUUUGGCUUAUUAAAAUGAUGUUUAAAAACAGAUUUUAAUGUGAAUGUUGUGUGAAUGUAUUCACCUUGAGGAACUGUAUGAAUGAUGAUAUUAUACCAUGAUCACAUAUAGUUUGUGAAAUCGUUUUAAUUUACAGGGUAAGGAUACUCUCUUACGAAACUACAAAGAGAUUGUCUACUCUAGGAUCAGCAUAUAUAAAAAUAAGUGCAUGUUGAAUUGGGGUGGGUGGGGGGGAGCAAGCAUAAUUUUAAGUGUUAAGCUUUACAUCCAAAAAUUAUUAAAAAGCCUUUCUCCAGUGUUUGCUGUAUUCACUUAUUAAUGUUUGUGGUAAAUAAAACAUAAAGGAACAUGCAUCUUUAUUGAUUUCAUGGUUUUAUUGUUUGUAAUCUUUAUUUUUAAGUAUAAUUAUAUGUAAGUGGUGUUUGUAGGGAUAGGAAAUGAAGUCAUCUGUUUCUGAAUAUUUAAUAGUAUAAUGAAUGACGUGUGUAAAUAAACGUAGUAAAUAGCUCAA